AUGGGGAUGGACAGAAGAAGGCGCGCUACAGUCGCUCUCACACUGAAUUUCCUCUCUCUUCUCUUUUCUAUCACUGCGUUCAGUAGCAGUUACUGGUGCCAGGGAAUACGGAAAGUGCCUAAACCUUUUUGUACUGGGAAAUCCAGAGAAAAGCAGGCGUUUUGCAUUCGCUUUAACAACUCUGAUUCCAAUAACAGCAAUGUGGUUCAAUAUACCUGGGAGACAGGAGAUGAUAAAUUUAUUGAAAGGCAUUUCCAUGCUGGGAUUUGGUAUUCUUGCGAGGAAAAUAUUAAUGGAGAAGGAGAGAAAUGUCGAAGCUUCAUCACACUUACACCACCGGCAGAUCGAGGUGUCCUGUGGCUAUCCAUUGUAGCGGAAGUGCUGUACAUUACUUUGCUCCUUGCAGGAGUAAGCCUUAUGUCAGUAGAAGUGUGCUACUACACAUCAGUGAUUGAUGGGCUGAAGCUGAAUGCGUUUGCAGCAAUAUUCACUGUAUUAUCAGGCCUACUUGGAAUGGUAGCCCACAUGAUGUACACGACUGUAUUUCAGAUGACCGUCAACCUUGGUCCAGAAGAUUGGAGACCUCAGAACUGGGAUUAUGGAUGGUCUUAUUGCCUUGCAUGGGGAUCAUUUACUUGCUGUAUGGCGGCUUCCGUAACAACUAUUAACAGAUACACGAAGACCAUACUCGAAUUCAAGCAAAGGAGACGGAAUCUGGAAAGAACCUUAAAAAAUAAACAAAAAAUCGUCGAAGACAAUGCGAACCCCGUGUGGGAUAUUUAUAUUAAUACCCUUCAAAACCACAGAGAAGGUUUCAUGGAUCUGUCAAUAAGUGGGCAAAAUCCCUCAUUAUACGGAGACUUAAACAACUUUCCUUACACACAACACGACGAAUACUGCUAGACAUUUUGUUUUUUUAACAUUUGCUUACUUUAUUGAUUAUGUACUUUUUUAAUAAACA